CUCCUCCGUCACUCAUGACUACCGACCACCGCCACCAUCUCUCUCUCUCUCUCUAAAAUAAGUAAAACCGUAUAACUUCUCAACCCGAAUAUUCCCCUUCGAAGAUUCCCUCCCUCCUUCUCUCUCCUCUUACCUGAAGCCGCCGCUAUGAAACUCGAUCGCAAGUUUCCCGCUACCUCGAACGGCGGGGAGCGGGAAGUCGAAGUAGAGGAGGAAGAGCAAGGGUUCAAGACGAUCGAGGUGGCAUCCGUCACUGAUAAUCCCCACAACCGCCACCGACAGCUGGAUCACAUCAACAACUGCUGCGGCGGCGGCGAUCUCUCGUCGGAAUCGCCAGCUCCGUCGCCUGCCGUAGACGAGUUGAGUUUCAUCCCUCCCCUAAACUUCGCCAUGGUCGAUAAUGGCAUCUUCCGCUCCGGAUUCCCCGAUUCGGCUAACUUCUCUUUCGUUGAAACGCUCGGCCUUCGCUCCAUCAUUUGCUUGUGCCCCGAGCCAUAUCCUGAGGCGAACACGGAGUUCCUCAAGGCCAAUGGGAUUAGGCUUUUCCAAUUCGGAAUCGAAGGAUACAAGGAGCCAUUUGUGAACAUUCCAGAAGACACAAUUCGUGAAGCUCUACAAGUAGUCCUUGAUGUGAAGAAUCAUCCUCUAUUGAUCCAUUGCAAACGGGGAAAGCAUCGAACCGGUUGUGUGGUUGGGUGCUUGAGGAAACUGCAAAAGUGGUGCUUAUCGUCCAUAUUCGACGAGUACCAGAGGUUUGCGGCGGCCAAGGCCAGAGUAUCAGACCAAAGGUUUAUGGAGUUAUUUGAUGUUUCUACCUUAAAGCAUAUCCCAUUGUCCUUCUCUUGCUCCAGAAGGUAGCAGUACAUCUUGUACAAGUAAAACAAGGGAGGGGAGAGAUGGGAAAACCGUGUGCUACAUGGCGGGACUCAACCGGGUUUCUUUCCCCCUCUGUGUUGUUUUUUGGUAGGGGAAGAGAGGAUUCUUCUUAGCUAUAGUUUCUGUGAUGAAAUAAUAUAUCUCUGGCGGCUGAAAAUAUCAUAAAAUGGCGGGAGAUCGUUUCUAUUGUUUUCCUUCUCUCGACGUGGAAGAAGGUUAAAGAAGAAAAAACAACCAAUUAUAUUCUGUUGUAUUCUUGUGGUCAUGUUCUGUGUGGGUGGGUGGAGUUUGCAUCUAGAACUAGAAUACAGGUAGCUGACUGUUGGUUUCGCCGGAUAGUUGGUGAAGAAAGCCACUGAAAUGUUUUGCCGACGUCUGUCUUUUCUUCUCCAGGCCGAUCGUGUAUACUAUGGGUGGGCAUCAGGAGAGGGCAGUGGCGGUGGCAACUCUGCAUUUUCUGCACCAACUGUUAUUGUGAUGAAUGAAUAAACCGAAUCAGUUACUCAAAGAUUGAAGAAGAGCCGUUCAUUAGUUACUAGCUGGCUAGCUCUUCUCCUUGUGAUCACCGGUCUCAUUGCGCUUAUUUUGGGCCGGGCUUAACGGUUCAGGCCUUCAAGGUUCCCUUUUUUUUUUUUUUUUUUUUUUUGACUCUGCGCUUCGAUUUCCUAGACAGCUUAUCGACCCAAAUACGGCCCGGAUGAUGGUUUAUAUUGGCCCAAUCAGUGUAGUUCCAUGAUCUAUGCCCAUAUAAAUGAUGAAACCAAAUCAUGGAAAUAUUGGCUAAGAAGCUGGUUUGAACUUUUUUAUCAUCAGAAUCAAUUGUUAAUCAUUUA